AUGCGGCGCGGUUACCGCCUGGUUGAUUCUGUUUUCAUUCACUGUGUUGUCAAGCAAAACUAUACCAUUGAUGUUGAUGUCACUGUUGUUGAUAUUGAUUUUGUGCAUGAUGACGAUGUUGAUGAUGAUAUUGACAAUGAUAAAAAUAACGAUAACGAUAAUGAUGAAGAUGAAUUCAUGUUCCAUCAAUCAGUGCCAUUGUGUUCCAGCAUU